AUGGUCACAUGGGAUGUACAUGUAGAUAUCAGCAAGGAUACUGUUGGUCGUAAAGAUGGAGUCUAUAAGAGUGGUAGUAAAUACUACUAUAAAGGUUCCUGCAGGUGUACAAUCACUCUCAGGAAAGAAGUGGAACCGGAAAUAGAUUCUCAACAUGAGGGAAAGGAAAAACUAGAAAAGUAUAAGUUUUAUUACCAUACAAUUCCAGACAAUUGGGAGUGGUGGUUUAUCUAUUAUCAACUUAAGAAGGUUGAGCACAAUGGCGUUGCACAAAGUGGAUUAAAUACAAGAGGUGGUCUUAACAAUUAUAGGGAGGUACGUGUAGUAUACUGGCUAAAUGAUAAGGCUAAUCUCUUCCCAUUAAUUGUUGGUCUGGAUUCAGGUAAUGUAACCUAUUAUAAGCGAAAGAAUGAGACUACCAGCGAGUGGGAAUGGGCUGAUAUUUUGCAUCCAGCGGAUUUAUCAGACUACAAUAGAGUGCUAGGUGAACUCAACACAAAAUUUAAUGAUGUUGUGAUAGUCAAUCUACAUGCUAGAGAUGGACAGAAGUACUGUGGUCAUCCUUCCAAAGAUGAAUUUAAAACUCCUACGAAGGGCUCUGAAAACUGUUUUCAGAAUGAAACCUCCCUUAUUGCCAUAACAGUUUCACAGAUAAAUGGCACAGUUCCUAGUGGCUUUAAAUGUCUUAAGCACUCUCCCUCUGAAAGCAAUAUGAAAAUGAGGGUUUUAAGUACAUACCAUAAGACAUCCUUCAUACAAUUUAAUGAGUCCAUUGUAGCCACAGAAUAUGAAUCCGUAAAUGCUUAUUACACAUCGAGGAGUAGGAAUGCUAAACCUUUGUUAUUAGAGUUGUCAAAUGGAUCGGAUCAAGGACAAGCAUCAAAGCUUUAUACUCUUGGAAAUAAGGGUAAAUGGAUGCCUUCAAACUUAUCCAAAGAUAAUCUUACUCAGGUACUUGAUUACCAAAACUGUACACGAAAUAAUACUGUUGUGGCAAACCUAUCUAACAAGGGAGGUAGAUAUUGUUGCGAUGGAAGUAAUACCCAUACAUUUACUAAACCCUCUAAUAAGAUUACCGGGAUUUACGUUUACUUCUGUAACAAUGAUCCCAGCAAGCCAUUAUUACUAUAUGUGAACAAAGGACCUAGAUAUGGAGGCGCAUGGUUUAAGAGGACUGUUGGAAGUGACACUUGGAUAGACAGUGGUCUGGAUUCUCUGCAAGGCCAGACACCAAGUUCUCCUAGUAUAACGCAAAACAUUGGAGGUAUACUCUACAACAUUUGCAAGAAUCUCAACAUUAACUGUAAACAUAAAGCUAGUGCCUCUCCAGUUCUUGGAGCCCCUCCAGGUGGUCUAGGCUCUGGUGGUUCUAGCGGUUCUGGAGGCAGUAGUGGAGGAUCUGGAUCUUCUGGUGGCGCUAGAGAAGGACAAGGUGCUGGAUUUCAAGGAACUCCUGUAGAACCUGGUGAAAAAGGUGAUAGAGGAUCUGCUGGACCUAAAGGAGAAGCUGGUGAACUGGAAGAAAGGGAUGAACAGGAGGGUGAAGAAGAUGAAGUAGAAAAGGAAGUUGAUGAUGGUACUGAACAGGCUGAUUCACCGGGCAUUGGUCAGCAAAUAGUCGAGUUUUUUAAAUCUCCUGAGAAAAUUGGAACACUAGGAGGCUUUGUUGCACUAGGAACCAUAGUUGGUCUAGUAAAAAAGUUUGGGGGUACUAUACUCUCAUUUAUAAUCGCUCGUCUCUGA